AUGGAGUGCAUCCAGGAUUUCGUCGCACGGCUCAUGGCACUCCAGGCCUCCAGUACUAGCGUGAGCUAUUCUCCGCGGGUAAUAGCAACACCAGACUCCAAGGGCAAGAACCGUGCCUUUGUCCGCUGGGCGCUGGCUUCUUCUUCUUCUUUUCACCUUUCGGGGCUUGACCGCGAGACGGGAGUCUGCCCAUUACCAGUCUCCGAGUCGAGCGUCACUCCUCAGUCCAUACAUCAAUACCUGACACGACUUCGGCUCCGAGUGGAGCCCUUGUGUCGUGCUGCAGCCCUCACCAAUGCCAUCCUAUAUCAAACCCACCACCCGAAGGUCGCAUAG